GCCAGUGCCAGCUAAAUGGUGGGCAAAAGCCAAUGUGACUGGACCCUAUCUCUAGGAUUUGACUGCUAUGAUCACCCUAGUUGCCAUACGUAUGACUGUUCUAAAUAUCAGGGACGAUGGAACCAAACCCACGUAAAACUCACUAAUCAUAGCUGGGUACAAUGUUCCUACCAACAGCAUACUGGUGAAGGCUGUAAGGCAGUUGGACAAGAUGGAUUCUUUGAUGCCCUCUUUCUAAGUUGCCAGCGAGAUAAUACCGACAGUAAGGAUCAUGUGGUACGCUGGUAUCAGUGGGCAUGGCAACAUUCUAAUGGAACUCGGGUAACCCAUUUUAAUCAUUUUUGGUCUACUACCAAUAGCCCUAAAUUUGGUUGUAAUUGCGCUUGGAAGGAAGGGGCUGGGGCAUGGAAAUGUGAAUACUGCAAUCCUGAUGGUACAUCUAUUGUACUAGGGGGGCCCUUGGAAAUGGGUAACUCGUUGUAUUACGAAGAACCGGGCCCCAAGGACUAUCCCGAAACCUGGGAUGGCCCCUUCGCGAAUGGACAAUGGGCCCUAAAAGGCCAUUACUGGAUAUGUGGGCAACACGCAUAUCGGAGAUUGCCUCCAAAUUGGUCAGGAAUAUGUUAUGUUGGGUACAUUAGGCCCUUGUUCUUUCUACUACCACAAAUUCAGGGAAAUAAAUUAGGAAUUAAGGUAUAUGACGACUUGAUUAGGGAAAGGCGGUCCGUUGAUUCCGCAUUAACAGCUGGAAGCUCCCAAAAGUGGGGAGCUCAAGAGUGGCCCCCUGAAAGAAUUAUACAGCAUUAUGGUCCAGCCACAUGGAAUCCUAAUGAGUGGAUCUCAGGGGCCAGGGAGCCCAUUUACAACUUGAAUCGGAUAAUUAGGCUGCAAGCCAUCUUAGAAAUAAUAACUAAUCAGACGGCUGCAGCUCUUGAUCUCUUGUCCGAUCAGUCCACUCAGAUGAGGAAUGUGCUCUACCAGCACCAUCUAGUUCUUGAUUAUUUGCUGGCAGAGGAAGGGGGAAUCUGUGCAAAAUUAAACGAAUCUAAUUGCUGUUUACAAAUAGAUGAUAAUGGAAAGGCGGUAAAACAGCUAACAAAAGAAAUGAGGAAGCUAGCCCAUGUCCCAGUCCAAAUAUGGGGUGGGUGGAAUACGGACUGGUUCCCGUCCUGGUUACCGCAACUGGGAUGGCUCCGAGAAGGCCUUCUUCUCUUUGUACUCUUUAUUACAACCCUAUUAUCCCUAGCAUGCUUCGCUCCCUGUGUAGUUGCAUUAGUCCGACGAAUGGCUAAUCAAAUUGUACACCAAUGCAUGAUGGCACUAUAUCAACCGGUUAAAGUUGAGGAUUGGGGGCCAUAGGGCUCUCAAAAUGCU